UGAUUGGAUGGCCACCGAACUGUUUCAAACAUGGCGGAACAACGGGCAGCGGACCUGCACAGUGGAGCAUAUUAUCAGAAAGAAAGAAAAAAAUACAGCGCAGAGGAGGAGGCCAAGCUGGAAAGGCAACAUUUCUGGAGAAUAAUAGAUGCUUUUAGGUCUUACAGGUUCCACGUCCAUGAGCAGGUCAAGCGGGCUGAGCGUCAGUUUCGGAGUCUGUCACAAAGGCACCAAAGGGUGCUGCCAGGUGUUUUAUCCAACCUGGCCCGGAUCAGGCAGUGCGCCGAACACAACCAAGAGAUUCUGGACGCCGUCGUUCACAAUAGCCUUCACAUGUUUGAGAACGUGGAGUAUGGGGAGAGGGAGGAUCCGAGGAAGGCACGGCCAUCCACUACAUUUGACAUGGACAAACUGAAGUCCACCAUAAAGCAGUUUGUCAGAGACUGGAGUGAAGCAGGCCAGGCUGAGAGGGACUCUUGCUACAAACCAAUCAUUCAAGAGAUCCAGAGGCUCUUCCCAAGUGACCAAUAUGAUGUGUCUAAGGUGAGCGUGCUGAUUCCCGGUGCUGGGCUUGGUCGACUUGCCUGGGAGAUUGCUCGGCUAGGAUACUCAUGCCAGGGCAACGAAUGGAGCUUCUUUAUGCUUUUCUCCUCAAACUUUGUUCUCAACAGAUGUGAGGAGGAGAAUGCUCUGACCCUGUAUCCCUGGAUACACCAGUUCAGCAACAACAAGAAGUCUUCCGACCAAACACGGCCAAUCAGAUUCCCCGACGUUAACCCCCAGAGUCUGCCGCUAAACACCGACUUCUCCAUGGUAGCGGGGGACUUUGUGGAGGUUUACAGUGAAUUGGAGUGCUGGGACUGUGUGUCAACCUGCUUCUUUAUUGACACCGCUAAUAAUGUCUUGGAAUAUGUGGACACAAUCUGGAAGAUUCUUAAGCCUGGAGGCGUAUGGAUCAAUCUCGGUCCGCUGCUUUAUCACUUUGAAAAUAUAGCCAACGAACUCUCUAUUGAACUUAGCUAUGAAGACAUCAGGACAGCAAUGUUAAAAUAUGGCUUCAUCUUUGAGGUGGAGAAGGAGUCGAUGCAGACUACCUACACUGAGAACGAGUGCUCUAUGCUGAGAUACGUUUACGACUGUGUCUUCUUUGUUGCUCGAAAACCUACACUGCAUUUUAACGGUCAAGAAGAAGAAGAUUUACAACAAAAUUCUCCACCAGCUGCUAAGUCGUCCAGGCGAGAGGGCAGCAACAGGCAAACGUGACAUAAAAUUCCUACAGAAGCUCAACCACCAA